AACAAUAGAUAGAAAUAUAAUCCAGACUACGUGCGAGAGAUGUAGAGCUUAUUGGCCCAUGGUAAAGUCAAGCCAGCCUUUUUCUUGGUCAUAAAAAGGUGGUAAAGUGAGGUAGAAUAGAAUUGGGCCAUUUUGUUCUCCAUCUCAGGAGUGCCGCUGCUAAUUCCACACCAAAAGAUCUAAUAAUUGAGCUUCCCAAAAUCAUCUAAAAUCGAAGCCAAACUAAUUAAGAUGAUGGGGGUUGACGACUCUACUAGUAGUGCUUCAGUUUCCGGGAAAACAGUGUGCGUGACUGGUGCUGGGGGUUUCAUUGCGUCGUGGAUCGUGAAACAGCUCCUACAAAGAGGCUACACUGUCAAAGGAACUGUCAGAAACCCAGAUGACCCAAAGAAUGCCCAUCUGAAAGAGCUGGAAGGAGCUAAAGAGAGGUUAACUUUAUGUAGAGCUCAUCUUCUUGAUUUCCACAGCCUCAAAGAAGCUAUUCACGGCUGCCAUGGUGUUUUCCACACGGCAUGUCCAGUUACUGAACAUCCCGAACAGUUGCUGGGGCCGGCAGUGAAUGGAACAAGGAAUGUGAUAAUAGCAGCAGUGGAAGCCAAGGUUCGGCGGGUGGUGUACACAUCAUCAAUUGGUGCGGUGUACAUGGACCCUAAGAGGAGCCCUGAUGAUGUUAUGGAUGAAUCUUAUUGGAGUGACCUUGAUUUUUGCAAGAACACCAAGAACUGGUACUGCUAUGGGAAGACUGUGGCAGAGAAAGCAGCAUGGGAAUUGGCAAAAGAGAAAGGGGUGGAUAUGGUGGUGGUGAACCCUGCAGUGGUUUUUGGACCUUUGCUGCAGCCAACAAUCAACAUCAGCACACUUCACAUUCUCAGAUACCUCACGGGCUCUGUGAAUACUUAUCCCAACACCGUUCAGGCUUAUGUCCAUGUCAAGGACGUGGCACUAUCCCACAUACUGGUUUAUGAGACUCCCUCUGCCUCUGGCCGAUAUCUCUGUGCUCAAACUGUGCUUCACCGUGGACAACUGCUCCAAAUCCUCACCAAAUUGUUCCCGGAAUAUCCUAUCCCAACCAAGUGUUCGGAUGAAAAGAAUCCCAGAGCGAAACCAUACAAGUUUUCAAACCAGAAGUUGAAAGAUCUGGGCCUGGAGUUCACUCCGGUGAUGCAGGGCAUAUGUGACACUGUUAAGAGCUUUCAAGAGAAAGGCUUGGAUAAUCAAAAGGCCUAUCUCCUGGCGUCAAAGCUAUAAGGUUUGGCAAAGAAAUAUGGAGUUAUUAAUCAAAUAUAUAAUCCAUCAGCAAUUGAUGGCACUCGCAUAGUAGAAGAAGAAGAAGAUGGCAAUUGUUGAAGGCACAUAGAUUGUGGACAUCACACCUGAGACUAUGACCUUUUCCAAGGAGAUCGAGACGCACAAAGGCCAUAUAUAUAUAUAUAUGUUGAAUGUUUUGGCCGGCAAUGCAUAUGGAAAUGAGCCAAGCAAAGUAUGUAAUCACUCACGAUGCUAAAGAUGAAUUUACUUUCCUUUUUAUAACAAACUUUAAUUUGUCAUGUGGAGGCUUAAUCGUGCAUAAUUUGGCUCAAGUGUAGAAUUGCUUUUUUUUUUUUUUUUUUGAUAGAAAGUGUAGAAUUUAUUUUGUUUCAUAUGUGGCAGAGACAUGGAUACAUAAUGGGAUUAUAUAUUUGCUAUCUUAAAAAUUAUUAUGAUGUUUGUUUGA